UCCCCCUCCUCCUCCUCCGUGGCGGCCGGCGGGGCGGGGCGAUGCCCAUGGCGGCGGUGGCGAGCUCCGGCGGGGCGGCCUUCACGCUGGCCUACUCGGUGCUGGCCGUGUGCUUCGUCUUCCCGCCGGACGAGUUCCGCUCGGCCGGGCUGACGGUGCAGAGCCUGCUGGGCGGCUGGCUGGGCGGCGAGGACGCGGCCUUCGUGCAGCACCACCUGCGCCGGGGCACCGCCACCCUCCUGGCCCACGCCCUCCUGCCCCUGGGCUACUAUACCGGCAUGUGCUUUGCUGCACCUGAAAAACAGCUCUGCAACUUCUACCGUGCCCCCCAGGGUUGGCAAGUCUUCUUUCUAUUGGCUGUCCUUGCUCCAAUAGCUGCUGGACUCCUGGCAUAUUACUGGUCCCAAAACGAUUGGAAUAACCAUCCUUUAGUCCGGAUGAUUUCUUUUUACUCACUCCCCCAGUCUGGUUGGAGAGCGGUCGCAUCUUCCAUCAACACAGAGUUCAGGAGGAUUGACAAGUUUGCUACUGGGGAUCCAGGAGCACGAGUGAUUGUGACGGACAGCUGGAUCAUGAAAGUGACCACGUACUCUUUGCGUGUAGCCCAGCAGCAGGACAUUGAUCUCACCGUGGUGGAUUCGAGACAGCAUGAACUCUUGCCAGACUCAAAUAUGCCGGCGCAGUUCCUCACCAUCCGGGUUGCCAGCGUUAACCCUCACGUAAAGCCUUUCGAUAUCCGCUUGAAUUCAGCAGAGUAUGGGGAACUGCGGGAGAAGCUUCAUGCUCCCAUCCAUAAUGCUGCCAAUGUUGUGAUCCAUCAGAGUCUCAGUGACUUGUUUCUGGAAACCUUUACCUUGAUGGUGGAAAUGAAUCAGGCGUACGUUCUUCCUAGCAACCAGGAGCUGGAGCCAUGCAUCGGGUGCAUGCAGACUAAUGCAAACGUCAAGCUUCUGAAGAACUGUCAGGAGCCGCAGGAAGGAGAAUGUCAGCAAUGUUAUUGUCGUCCCAUGUGGUGCGUUACCUGUGUGGGCAAAUGGUUUGCCAGUCGGCAGGAUCAGCAGCACCCAGAAACCUGGCUGUCCAGCCACGUCCCCUGCCCAACUUGCCGAGCUAAAUUCUGCAUCUUAGAUGUUUGUGUUAUACAUUGAAUGGGUCCUGAGAUUCUCUUACCUUUUGUAUCUGAAAAGUACUUUGAAACCAGACGGACCUCAAGGUUACCUUCCCUACAGCACACCGAUAUUCUUAUUUUUAUGACACCGAUAUUCUUAUUUUUAUGACACUAUUUUAAUUGCUGUAACCAGAACAAUUGAGGUCCAUUCUCUGUCCUCUAAUACUUCUGUGUCCAUUCCCAAUUCUGUUAAGCCUUGACUGAUGUUCUAAAAUCGUCCAGACUUCUGCUAAAGCAGUAUGUCCACUGCAAUUGCUACACAUAGGUUGACGUUCUUUAAAAACAAAUCAACAGCAAGACUGCGUUUAAUUUGUAAAUUAGUCAGGUGUGGUGUGGUGUGGGGUACAGAUCCAUGACUUAAAACGUGGUUUUGGAUUACUUCGAAAAUCAGUAUGCAUCUUCACAGGAUCCCUGCCUUUUGCUGUUUUUUUUAAUCUUUCGAGAUUUACUUACAGUGAAGAAGACAUACUAGUCUGCUUCAGAAUUAAAGAAUUCAAUUUCUGCUUCUCUGAACUGUCUGUGAAUAGGUUUCCCCUGUUUGGCUCUCCUGAUUCAUUCACUCAGACAUGAGGUGUUGUUAAAGAUGCUUGCCAACCCCAAACCAGUUUUCUGCAGUUCAUUUGUCCUCCCCACAUUACUGUUAUGUGAAAUAAUGUCACGAGCCAUAGGUAUGAUUUUAUUAUUCCAGGAUACUAGGAAAUCCUGAGCUAUGCGUUUAUAAAUGUAUCCAUAAUUCUGGGCGUUGAAUCAUAGGACAGCGUUCUUUUCUCUGGGUGUGAUGUUACAAAGCCUGUUACACAGCUUUCACACACACCUAUUCCUUCUCAUAGUUUCUUGGGCAGGUGGUAGCUUGAUGUCCUCUCUAGUCAUCUGACUCUUCAUACACUCAUCCCUCUGGACACAACCAUUUCCCUAUCAUUCCUAAAGUGCCUUCCAAUUCCUGUACCUCUGUAUUUCCUUAAAUAAAAUCGGAACCCUGCUUUAGAGAAGA